AUGGGUUUGUUUGGAUUAACAGUGUUCCUAUUUUUCUUUCUGGAUUCUGUUCAUUCUACUGUUCUUGGGGAAGAAAAUGCUGGCAUCGUGAAUGGGAAAAAAUCACUUAUUUCAUUCAUGUCAGGCAUUGUUUCAGACCCUCAAAACGCUCUAGAGAGUUGGAAGUCACCCGGUGUUCAUGUUUGUGAUUGGUCAGGUGUGAGAUGCAACAAUGCAAGUGACAUGAUCAUAGAGCUUGAUCUCAGCGGAAGGUCUCUAGGAGGCACCAUUUCCCCUGCACUUGCUAACAUCUCUUCCUUGCAAAUUCUUGAUCUUUCUGAGAACUUUUUGGUGGGUCGGAUUCCAAAAGAACUAGGCCAUUUGGUUCAGCUUGUACAACUCAGUUUGUCUGGGAAUUUCCUUCAGGGGCACAUUCCAUCCGAGUUUGGUUCACUUCACAACUUGGACUACCUUGACUUGGGAAGCAAUCAUCUUGAGGGAGAGAUUCCCCCAUCACUCUUCUGCAAUGGGACAUCACUAGGUUAUGUAGACCUCUCUAAUAAUUCCUUAGGGGGACAAAUCCCCUUGAACAAAGGGUGUAUUCUUAAAGAACUCAAGUUCCUGUUACUUUGGUCUAACAAGCUUGUAGGCAAUGUUCCUUCAGCUCUUUCAAACUCUACCAAGCUAAAAUGGCUUGAUUUGGGGUUGAAUAUGUUGAGUGGAGAGCUUCCUUCUAAGAUUGUAGGUAAUUGGCCACAACUACAAUUCCUCUACUUGUCAUACAACAAUUUUAUUAGCCAUGAUGGUAAUACCAACCUUGAGCCUUUCUUCGCCUCCUUGGUGAAUUUAUCAUACUUUCAAGAACUUGAAUUAGCGGGAAAUAAUCUUGGUGGGAAGCUGCCUCAUAACAUUGGUGAUCUUCCUUCCAGCCUGCAACAACUUCACCUAGAAAAAAAUCUCAUAUAUGGCUCUAUCCCUCCACAUAUUGCCAAUCUUGUCAACCUGACUUUCUUGAAGUUGUCCAGUAACCUAAUAAAUGGAUCAAUCCCUCCCAGCCUCAGCCAUAUGAAUAGGUUAGAAAGAAUUUAUUUGUCAAAUAAUUCACUAUCUGGUGAGAUUCCUUCAACCCUUGGUGACAUUCAGCAUCUGGGACUUCUAGACUUGUCAAGAAACAAGCUUUCUGGUCCAAUACCAGAUAGUUUUGCAAAUCUCCCCCAGUUAAGAAGGCUUUUACUUUAUGACAACCAGCUUUCUGGAACAAUCCCUCCAAGUCUGGGAAAAUGUGUCAAUUUGGAGAUUUUAGACUUAUCUCACAACAAUAUAACUGGGCUGAUUCCUGCCGAAGUUGCAGCCUUGGGUAGCUUGAAACUAUACCUGAAUUUAUCAAACAAUAACUUACAAGGGUCUUUACCAUUAGAACUCAGCAAAAUGGACAUGGUUCUAGCUAUUGAUUUAUCCAUGAACAACCUCUCUGGCAGCAUCCCACCACAACUGGAAAGUUGCAUAGCACUGGAGUACCUCAACCUCUCUGGUAACUCCUUUGAAAACCCUCUCCCUUAUUCAUUAGGCCAAUUGCUCUAUAUUAGAGCACUUGAUGUGUCUUCAAAUCAGUUGACCGGGGCAAUACCAGAGUCCAUGCAGUUGUCUCCCUCGCUGAAGGAACUUAAUUUCUCUUUCAACAAAUUCUCAGGGAAAGUGUCAAAAAAGGGAGCAUUUUCAAAUCUUACAAUAGACUCUUUCCUGGGAAAUGAUGAUCUCUGUGGCUCAUUUAAAGGCAUGCAACAAUGUCACAAGAAAUGUAGUUAUCAUUUAGUGUUCUUGUUAAUUCCUGUGUUACUAUUUGGCACCCCUUUCCUAUGCAUACUUUUUAGGUACUCAAUGGUAAUAAAGUCAAGAGUGAAAAAACGAAUUGCAAUUGUUAGUAGAGGUGAUUUGGAGGAUGUAGAAGAGGGAACAAAAGAGGUCAAGUACCCAAGAAUUACAUAUGAACAGCUUAAAGAAGCCACUGGAGGCUUCAGUUCUUCAAGCUUAGUAGGUUCAGGCCGGUUUGGACAGGUCUACGAAGGAAUGCUACAGGAUAAUACAAGAGUAGCCGUGAAAGUGUUGGAUACAGCACAUGGUGAGAUUUCAAGGAGCUUUAGAAGGGAAUGCCAAAUACUGAAAAAGAUAAGGCACAGAAAUUUAAUGAGGAUCAUAACAAUUUGUUGUAGGCCAGAAUUUAAUGCUCUUGUUUUUCCCUUGAUGCCAAAUGGUAGCCUUGAGAGGCAUCUAUAUCCAAGCCAAAGAUUGAAUGUGAUUCAAUUAGUAAGAAUCUGCAGUGAUGUUGCUGAGGGAAUGGCCUAUCUGCACCAUUACUCUCCAGUGAAAGUGGUGCAUUGUGAUCUUAAGCCAAGCAAUAUACUCCUUGAUGAAGAUAUGACAGCUUUGGUUACUGAUUUUGGAAUUUCAAGGCUUGUACAAAGUGAUGAGAAUACAUCCACCAGCAUCUCAUCUUUCAGCUCAACACAUGCCUUGUUAUGUGGCUCGGUUGGUUACAUAGCUCCUGAGUACGGAAUGGGAAAAGAUGCUUCAACUAAAGGUGAUGUCUACAGUUUUGGAGUGCUUGUGUUGGAGAUGGUCUCAGGUAGACGCCCCACAGAUGUGCUCAGCCAUGAAGGCUCAAGCUUGUGCGAAUGGCUUAAAAAACUAUACACACAACCACACCACCUUCAAAACUUUGUUCAACAAGCCCUUCAAAGGUGUUGUCCUUGUGGCCUGCCAAACCCUCACAACAAAGUUUGGAAAGAUGUUAUUCUGGAACUCAUUGAGCUGGGGCUAAUCUGCACUCAGCACCAUCCUUCAACAAGACCAACCAUGCACGACAUAGCCCAAGAGAUGGAGAGGUUGAAGGACUACGUCGUUAAGUCAACCUUCACCCGUCAUUCAAGUCAAUCCCAACAUUAA